AUGUCCAGUCAGAGUCACCCAAUGGGAAAUGAUGUGGGGGUAGGUCCGGAUACGGUCGCAAAACAACAUCUGAACUUGAGUUAUGCAGGCGCUCUCGUGUUUUUCAUGCAGGCAGGGUUUGCCAUGCUUGAAGCUGGAAUUGUUCAUCCAAAGAACACCAUCAACAUCUUGUUCAAAAACAUGAUCGACGCUUCCAUCGCUGCCAUCGGCUUCUGGCUGAUCGGUUAUGGCUUUGCCUAUGGAAAGGACUCAGGAGGAUUCAUCGGAGGCUCAAACUUUGCUCUGGACGAGGUUUACAACAAAGCCGGAGGCUGCACCAAGGCUUCUGAUGGUUCUUGGUCCUGUUCGCCAGAUGGAUGGGAGUCUUGGUUUUUCCAAUGGGCCUUCACUGGUGCGGCAGCUACCAUCGUUGCUGGUUCAGUUUGUGAGAGAACAAAGAUCGGCGCUUACUUUGUCUACUCAAUCAUUAUCACUGCGUUCAUCUAUCCCGUCGUCGUUCACUGGGUCUGGGGCACAGGAUGGUUGUCUGCCUGGGGUGCUUAUGGUGAUAAUCCCAGGCCUCUCUUCACUGGCAACACCAACUCUAAUGGCAUGAUUGAUUUCGCUGGCUCUGGAGUUGUGCACAUGGUUGGAGGAUUUUCCGGAUUGAUGGGUGCAAUUGUUGUUGGGCCCAGGAUCGGGAGAUUCAAUGCUGAUGGAACAGUGAACGAGCUUUAUGCUGGAAACAAGACAUUGCAGUCCCUUGGAGCCUUCAUUCUCUGGUUUGGUUGGUACGGCUUUAACUGCGGUUCAACUUUGGCGAUCUCAGGAGGUCUAGGGCAGGUCGCUGGUAAAGUUGCUGUUAACACUACCAUUGCCGCUGCCGCCGGAGCCAUUGGAGCGACUUUCAUCACCUUCAUCUUCGAAGGGCACUAUGACAUCUCCAUGGGUUUGAACGGGUUGCUCGCUGGCCUCGUCGGCGUCACUGCCAACUGCUCUGUCGUGAACCCUUGGGCAGCUUUGAUCAUCGGUUUGGUUGCUUCCUUGAUCCUUUACCUGGGACAUUACCUUCUCCUCAAGCUCAAGAUUGACGACCCUUGUGAUGCUUGCAUUGUACACGGCUUCUGUGGAAUGUGGGGAGUAUGGUCUGCCGGAAUCUUUUGCAGCGACGGGAACAUUCAGUACGCAGGAUAUCCCAAUGUGAACAACGCUUGUGCAAGAGGCGAGCAGUUUGGAGUGCAGAUUGUUGGAAGUUUGGUGGUGGCGGCCUGGGUGAUGGGCACUGCUGGAAUGACAUUCCUUGCCAUCGAUAAGACCAUUGGCAUGAGGGUGUCAGAAGACAUCGAACAUGCCGGUCUCGAUGCUUCUGAGCAUGGAGCUGUUCAGUCGCAGCCUGUUCCCCUCCCACAGAACAACUUUCCGAACAUGAACGGCAAUAUUUCAAUGUAUACCUAUCCCCCGGCUUUUUAGGUCGAUUGACGUUUUAUCUUGAAUAAACAUUAUAUCUGAUG